UUUCUUCGCUACAGGCGACCGCCAGGCUCGGCCGGGAGCCGCUGGGGUUUCUGAGGUUUCACUUCGUUUUCUGUCUUCCUUUCGCCAGAGAAGCAGCUCAUUGAACGUUUUCCUCUUAUCUGUGCAGCCGGGAAGAGGUGAAAAACAGCCACACAGGCCAGGAAUCUCCAAAUUCUGUGGGCAUCCACGACAAAUGCGAGUAUAUUUUAAUCUUCAGGGGACCAAGAUGUCGGAUUCAAACAAAGCUGCUAUUGCAGCAGAAAAGGAGGCUCUGAACUUGAAGUUACCUCCCAUUGUCCGUCCCCCUGAAGACAUAGGUGUUGACACACCAACACAAAGUAAACUGCUGAAUUACAGAAGAUCCAAGGAGCAGCAGAAGACAAUUAAUCAGUUAGUAAUUGAUGGAGCCAAAAGAAAUAUAGACAGAACACUGAGUAAAAGAAUACCUUCAUCACCAGAGCCAGAUUAUCCUCCAACUAUGACCAGUGAAAUUAAAAAGAAAGGAUUCAACUAUAUUUAUUUGAAGCAAUGUGUAGAAAGUAGCCCUAUAGUACCUAUUCAGCAGGAAUGGCUGGAUCACAUGUUAAUGCUGAUACCUGAGUCUCUGAAGGAAGGAAAAAACAGAGAAGAACUCCUUGAGAGUCUCAUAGAGGAGGUGUCAAGUGACUUUGAAAAAAGCAUGAAGAGAUAUUUGGUGCGGAGUGUUCUUGUGAAACCUCCAGUUAAAUGGCUUGAAGAUGAAGGUGGGCCUUUACCUGAAUCCCCUGUAGGCCUGGAUUAUUCUAAUCCUUGGCAUUCUAGCUAUGUGCAGACAAGAAAUCAAAUAUUAGCUAAUUUGCACAUUGUUCAUCCAACUAUGAAAAUGUUACUGGACCUUGGUUAUAAGACAUUUGCCAAUACAGUUUUGCUGGACUUAACAGGAAUUAGAGCUAAAGGCCCAAUUGAUUGUGAAGCCCUGAAAACUGAUCUAUCACUACAAGCUAAAAAGGCAGAAGAGAAGAUAAUGAACACAUGGUAUCCAAAAGUUAUAAGUCUCUUUACCAAGAAGGAGGCACUAGAAGGCAUUAAACCUGAAAAAUUGGAUGCAUUUUAUAACUGUGUUUCCACACUUAUGUCAAAUCAGCUAAAGGAUCUCUUAAAAAGAACUGUAGAAGGAUUUGUAAAACUUUUUGAUCGAGAAGAUCAACAAGGGCUGCCAAUAUUUAAGAUGGAAUUGACGUUUGAUGAUGACAAAAUGGAAUUUUACCCUACCUUUCAAGAUUUGGAAGAUGCUGUUUUGGGUUUGGUAGAGCGAAUAGCUGAAACUCUGCAGAAUGUUCAAACAGUACCCUCUUGGCUGUCAGGAACUUCAACACCUGUAAAUCUUGACACGGAACUUCCUGAACAUGUGUUACAGUGGGCUCUUGAUAAGCUGAAGGUGGCAAUACAUCAGAACUUAGAAGGUGCAAGAAAACAUUAUGAGACAUAUGUUAAAAAAUAUAAUUGGCUCCUUGAUGGGACUGCAGUUGACCUGAUAGAGACUUUUCAGGCAGAAGAUCAUACUUUUGAUGAAUACACAGAGUUUAUAGAAAAAUUUUUCAGUCUUGCCUCAGAAAUAAUGCUUUUGCCUCAGUGGGUUCAUUACCCUAUGGUACGUUUGGAUUGUGAAGAUUUGAAGACAGGCCUAACAAACAAAGCAAAAGCCUUUGCAAAUAUAUUAUUAAAUGACAUAGCUUCAAAACAUAGAAAAGAAAAUGAAAGUAUUUGUAGUGAAUUUGAAGCAAUUAAAGAGCAUGCAUUGAAAGUCCCUGAGACAACAGAAGAGAUGAUGGAUCUGAUAUCUUAUGUAGAAAAAGCCCGGACUGUAGGAAUUCGGGACUUGAUUUUACGGAUCCAGGAAUCCAAACGCCAAAUGAGUUACUUUUUAGAUGUUUUUCUAUUUCCUCAAGAAGACUUAGCUUUAAAUUCAACUGUCCUUAUGUGGCCUUGGAAAAUAAAUCCCAUCUUUGAUGAAAAUGAUGAGCUCAUAGAGUAUGCUAAACAUAAAAAAGAAAAUGAGUUAAUAGCCAAGAGAGAGAAACUGAUUUUGGAAUUAGAAAAAGAAUCACGCCGCAUGGAAGAGUUUGCAGAAUUUGCAGAACUGGACCGCAUGCAACAGUAUGUGACAGAUGUAAGACAACUACAAAAACGUAUUCAGGAAUCUGAAGAUGCCGUUCAGUUUAUUAAUAAAGAAGAGGAACUUUUCAAAUGGGAAUUGACAAAAUAUCCUGAACUGGAUAAAUUAAAAGUUAACAUUGAGCCCUAUCAGAAGUUUUUUAAUUUAGUUUUGAAGUGGCAACGAACAGAAAAACGGUGGAUGGAUGGAGGGUUUUUGGAGCUUAAUGGGGAAAGCAUGGAAGCUGAUGUAGAUGAAUUUUCCCGAGAAAUUUUUAAGACACUGAAGUUUUUCCAAAUGAAGCAAAAGAAGGAAUUACAAGAAAAAAGAAAGGCGGCAAAAAGACGGUCUCUGGGAGAAGAGAAAGUUGAAGAAGAACCAAAAGAGAAUCCUACUAUUACCAUGUGCUCUACAGUAAUGGAGCAGAUAAAAACUUUUAAGGAAUAUAUCCCUACUGUCUCCAUCCUGUGCAAUCCGGGAAUGAGAGCACGUCACUGGAAGCAGAUAUCAGAAAUUGUAGGCUAUGACUUGACUCCAGACUCUGGAACUACAAUGAGAAAAAUUUUGAAAUUAAACCUCGCACCAUACUUGGAACAAUUUGAAGUGAUAAGUGCAGGUGCAAGCAAGGAAUUUUCAUUAGAGAAAGCCAUGCAUACAAUGAUAGGAACUUGGGAUGAUAUUGCUUUUCAUAUAAAUCUAUAUCGUGAUACUGGAGUCUGUAUUCUUUCUUCAGUAGAUGAGAUUCAGGCUCUCCUUGAUGAUCAAAUUAUAAAAACUCAGACAAUGAGAGGCUCACCUUUCAUCAAGCCAUUUGAAAAAGAGAUUAAGGCCUGGGAGGACCGUUUGAUUCGAAUACAAGAAACAAUUGACGAGUGGUUGAAAGUACAAGCUCAGUGGCUGUACUUGGAGCCUAUUUUUUGUUCUGAGGAUAUCAUGCAACAGAUGCCAGAAGAAGGCCGUCAGUUUCAGACAGUAGACAGACAUUGGAGGGAUAUCAUGAAGUUUUGUGCAAAAGAUCCAAAGGUUCUUGCCGCUACUUCUUUAACAGGUUUAUUGGAAAAACUGCAGACCUGCAAUGAACUUUUGGAGAAAAUUAUGAAAGGGCUUAAUGCAUAUCUUGAAAAAAAACGACUUUUCUUCCCUCGUUUUUUCUUCUUAUCUAAUGAUGAAAUGUUGGAGAUUUUGUCAGAGACCAAAGAUCCACUUAGAGUUCAGCCUCAUUUAAAAAAAUGCUUUGAGGGCAUUGCCAAAUUGGAGUUCCUUCCUAAUUUGGACAUUAAGGCCAUGUAUAGCUCUGAAGGUGAGCGGGUGGAGCUGAUUGCACUUAUUUCCACAUCUGCAGCGCGAGGUGCUGUGGAAAAGUGGCUCAUUCAAGUGGAAGAUUUAAUGCUCCGGAGUAUUCAUGACGUGAUCGCUGCAGCCAGACUGGCCUAUCCAGAAUCUGCAAGAAGAGACUGGGUUCGAGAGUGGCCUGGCCAAGUUGUACUUUGUGUUUCUCAAAUGUUCUGGACUUCUGAAACACAGGAAGUUAUAAGUGGUGGGACAGAGGGAUUAAAGAAGUACUAUAAGGAACUUCAGAAUCAACUAAAUGAUAUUGUAGAGCUGGUAAGAGGAAAAUUGUCGAAACAGACCAGGAUUACUCUGGGGGCUUUGGUUACUAUUGAUGUCCAUGCUAGAGAUGUGGUCAUGGACAUGAUUGAUAUGGGUGUCUCACAUGAUACAGAUUUCCACUGGCUUGCUCAGCUUCGAUAUUAUUGGGAAUAUGAAAAUGCUCGAGUUCGUAUCAUUAAUUGCAAUGUAAAAUAUGCUUAUGAAUAUCUUGGUAACUCACCUAGACUUGUCAUUACUCCUCUAACUGACAGAUGUUACAGAACAUUGAUAGGUGCCUUCUAUUUAAACCUUGGAGGUGCUCCGGAGGGGCCCGCAGGCACAGGAAAAACUGAAACCACCAAGGACUUGGCUAAAGCUCUUGCUGUACAGUGUGUGGUGUUCAACUGUUCUGAUGGGCUAGAUUAUAUAGCAAUGGGAAAGUUUUUUAAAGGAUUGGCAUCUUCUGGUGCUUGGGCUUGCUUUGAUGAAUUUAAUCGAAUUGAGUUGGAAGUGUUGUCAGUGGUAGCUCAACAGAUCCUUUGCAUUCAAAGAGCCAUUCAGCAGAAGCUGGAAGAGUUUAUUUUUGAAGGGACAGAACUAAAGCUCAAUCCAAACUGUUUUGUAGCUAUUACCAUGAAUCCCGGCUAUGCAGGACGUUCUGAAUUGCCAGACAAUCUUAAGGUUCUUUUUAGAACAGUGGCUAUGAUGGUUCCAAACUAUGCCCUCAUAGCAGAAAUCUCCCUCUACUCCUAUGGAUUUUUUAAUGCAAAACCUCUGUCUGUGAAGAUAGUAAUGACCUAUAGGCUUUGCUCAGAGCAGCUCUCAUCACAGUUUCAUUAUGACUAUGGAAUGCGAGCAGUAAAAGCAGUUUUAGUGGCUGCUGGAAACCUAAAACUAAAAUUUCCAGAUGAAAAUGAAGAUAUACUUCUUCUUCGAUCAAUUAAAGAUGUAAAUGAACCAAAAUUUCUAUCACAUGAUAUACCUUUAUUUAAUGGAAUAACUAGCGACUUAUUUCCUGGUGUUAAACUUCCUGAAGCUGACUAUCAUGAAUUUUUGGAAUGUGCUCAUGAAGCCUGCAAAGCACAUAAUCUUCAGCCUGUUAAAUUUUUUAUUGAAAAAAUGAUUCAGACAUAUGAAAUGAUGAUUGUUAGACAUGGUUUUAUGUUAGUAGGAGAGCCUUUUGCUGCUAAGACAAAAGUUCUGCAUAUGCUGGCUGAUACUCUAACUCUAAUGAAUGAACGUGGCUAUGGAGAGGAAGAAAAGGUCAUUUAUAGGACUGUAAACCCCAAAUCCAUUACUAUGGGCCAACUUUUUGGACAGUUUGACCCAGUGUCUCAUGAGUGGACUGAUGGUAUUGUGGCUAAUACUUUUAGAGAAUUUGCCUUAUCAGAAACACCUGACCGGAAAUGGGUUGUAUUUGAUGGUCCCAUUGACACUUUGUGGAUAGAGAGCAUGAACACAGUAUUGGAUGAUAAUAAAAAGCUUUGCCUUAUGAGUGGGGAAAUCAUUCAAAUGUCUCCUCAAAUGAGCCUCAUCUUUGAAGCAAUGGACCUUUCCCAGGCUUCGCCCGCCACCGUAAGCCGCUGUGGUAUGAUUUAUUUGGAACCUUCACAGUUAGGAUGGGAACCGCUUAUGUCUUCAUGGUUGAACUCACUGAAGGGACCGCUACAAGAACCAGAUCAUCAAGCUCUUCUGAAAGCACUUUUUCACUGGUUAAUACCGCCCACUUUGAGGGUUCGUAAGAAAAAAUGCAAGGAACUGAUUCCUACAAGUGAUAGCAAUGUGGUUGUAUCUCUCACACGCCUCUUUGAAGUAUUACUCUGUAACGUGGUAGAAAAUGACCCUACAAGCAAGCACAUUCGUGUUUGGAUUAUGGCUUGCUUUAUAUUUUCUUUGAUUUGGUCCAUUGGAGGAAGUUGUGAUACAGAUGGUCGUGUUGCUUUUGAUGUUUACAUACGAUUAAUCCUACUGGGAAAAGAUGAAGACAACCCAGUGCCUGACUCUGUGGGUAAAUGGGAAUGCCACUUUGAUGAAAAAGGCCUGGUCUAUGACUACAUGUAUGAGUUGAAAAACCGAGGUCGCUGGCUCCAUUGGAAUGAAUUAAUUAAAAGUACUAAUUUAGGAGAUAAACGUGUCAGGAUUCAAGAUAUCAUAGUGCCUACAAUGGACACAAUUAGAUACACAUUUCUAAUGGAUUUGAGUAUUACCUAUGCAAAGCCACUGCUUUUUGUGGGUCCAACGGGUACAGGAAAGUCAGUGUAUGUGAAGGAUAAGCUAAUGAAUCACUUGGAAAAGGACCAGUACUUUCCUUUUUAUGUUAAUUUCUCUGCACGGACCAGUGCCAACCAGGUUCAGAAUAUUAUUAUGAAUAGAUUGGAUAAAAGACGCAAAGGAGUUUUUGGACCACCUAUGGGAAAGAAGUGUAUAAUUUUUAUAGAUGACAUGAAUAUGCCUGCAUUGGAGAAAUAUGGAGCUCAACCUCCUAUUGAAUUAUUACGACAAUUUUUUGACUGCGGGAAUUGGUAUGACCUUAAGGACACAAGUAAAAUCACAUUGGUUGACAUAGAGCUGAUUGCUGCCAUGGGUCCUCCCGGUGGUGGAAGAAAUCCAGUUACUCCUCGUUUUAUUCGACAUUUCAACAUCUGCACUAUUAAUACUUUUAGUGAUGAAACUAUGGUUCGCAUAUUCUCAUCAAUUGUAGCAUUCUAUCUUAGGACUCAUGAAUUUCUUCCAGAAUACUUUUUAAUUGGGAACCAAAUUGUCAGUGGGACCAUGGAGAUAUAUAAACGAUCCAUGGAGAAUCUUUUGCCCACUCCCGCAAAAUCUCAUUACACUUUCAACUUGCGGGAUUUUUCACGUGUCAUCCAGGGAUGCUUACUCAUUGAAAGAGAUGCUGUGGAGAGCAAACACACUAUGACCCGUCUGUUUGUGCAUGAAGUUCUCCGAGUGUUUUAUGAUCGCCUCAUUAAUGAUGAUGAUCGACGCUGGCUGUUCAAUUUAAUCAAAAUUGUUAUAAAGGACCAUUUUAAAGAAUCAUUUGAUAGCAUUUUUUCACACUUGAGGAAAGAGAAUGCACCAGUAACUGAAGAGAACUUAAGAAAUCUGAUGUUUGGCGACUAUAUGAAUCCUGACCUUGAAGGAGAUGAUAGAGUUUAUAUUGAAAUUCCAAAUAUUCAUCAUUUUAGUGACAUUGUGGAGCAAUGCUUAGAUGAGUAUAAUCAAACUCACAAAACAAGAAUGAAUCUUGUCGUUUUUAGGUAUGUACUGGAACAUUUAUCACGAAUAUGUCGAAUUCUGAAGCAGUCUGGUGGAAAUGCUUUGCUUGUUGGCCUUGGAGGAAGUGGUCGUCAAUCUUUAACUCGUCUGGCUACAUCCAUGGCAAAAAUGCAGAUUUCCCAACCAGAAAUUUCUAAGAGCUAUGGUAUGAAUGAGUGGAGAGAGGAUCUGAAGGUUCUAUUAAGGAAUGUGGGCAUGAAGGGCCAGAAGACAGUCUUUCUAAUCACGGACACUCAGAUUAAAGAGGAAGCUUUUCUAGAGGAUAUCGACAGUGUUCUCAAUACUGGAGAAGUACCUAACAUUUUUGCAGCAGAUGAAAAACAAGAAGUGAUGGAGGGUGUUCGUCCUCUGGCUCAGGCUGGCAAUAAACACAAUGAACUCAGUCCCUUAGCCUUGUUCGCUUUCUUUGUGAAUCGCUGCAAAGAUAACCUUCAUGUUGUAGUGGCCUUUAGCCCCAUCGGAGAUGCCUUUCGAAAUCGCUUGAGACAGUUCCCAUCCCUCAUCAACUGCUGUACCAUUGACUGGUUUCAGCCAUGGCCUGAAGAUGCCCUUGAACUUGUAGCUGUGAAAUUCUUAGAAACACUGGAGCUUACUCAGGUUGAACGACGAGAGAUAGUUCCAAUCUGCAAACACUUUCACACUUCCAUUAUGGAUCUUUCAGAAAGGUUCUUGCACGAGUUAGGACGACAUAACUAUGUUACUGCUACUUCUUAUCUUGAACUUAUUGCCUCAUUUCGACAGCUUUUGACUAAGAAGCGACAAGCUGUCAUGGAGGCAAAACAGCGAUAUGUGACUGGGCUUGACAAGUUGGCUUUUGCUGAGUCUCAGGUUGGUGAAAUGAAAAUGGAGCUUGUUCAAUUACAGCCCAAAUUGGAGGAAGCUAAAAUUGAAAAUGCACAUAUGAUGCAGAUUAUUGAGAUAGAGUCUGCAGAAGUGGAAGCAAAAAGAAAGUUUGUGAAAUUAGAUGAAGAGAUAGCCAGUGGAAAGGCUGAAGAAGCGCAAGCUCUGAAAAAUGAGUGUGAAAGUGACCUAGCUGAGGCAAUUCCAGCCUUAGAAGCAGCUCUGUCUGCACUGGAUACACUAAAGCCAGCUGACAUUACAAUUGUGAAGUCAAUGAAGAAUCCUCCGUCUGGUGUUAAACUAGUUUUGGCUGCUAUUUGUGUAAUGAAAGAUAUAAAACCAGAAAAAAUUUCAGAUCCUUCAGGAACUGGAGGCAAGAUAUUAGAUUACUGGGGACCUAGCAAAAAACUUCUGGGAGAUAUGAAUUUCUUAAGAGAUUUGAGAGAAUAUGACAAGGACAACAUUCCAGUGACUGUUAUGCAGAAGAUUCGAGGUGAAUACUUAACAAACCCUGAAUUUGACCCCCCUAAGAUUGCUAAAGCUUCUUCUGCAGCUGAGGGUCUGUGUAAGUGGAUCAUGGCUAUGGAAGUGUAUGACAGAGUUGCAAAGGUAGUGGCUCCUAAGAAAGCACGCUUAGCAGAAGCUCAGAAGUCUUUAGCUGAGACAAUGGAGCUUUUGAAUCAGAAAAGAGAAGAACUGGCAGAAGUAGAACAUCAUCUGGAAAAUUUACAAAGAACGUUUAGGGAGAAAACUGAGGAAAAGGCUCGUUUAGAAGACCAGGUGGAACUCUGUGCUAAGAAACUGGAAAGAGCCUCAAAACUAAUUGGAGGACUAGGUGGAGAAAAAUCGAGAUGGUCUCAAGCUGCUGAUGACCUUCAGAUAGUGUAUGAAAAUUUGACUGGUGAUGUCUUAGUAUCAGCAGGAGUAAUAGCCUACCUUGGUGCUUUCACUUCUGGCUUUCGACAAACAUGUACAGAAAAUUGGAGCAUGUUGUGCAAGGAGAAAAAAAUCCCGUGUUCAGAGGAGUUCUCACUGAGUAAGACCCUGGGUGAUCCAGUAAAAAUUAGAGCUUGGAAUAUUGCUGGAUUACCAACAGAUACAUUCUCCAUAGAUAACGGAGUGAUUGUUAAUAACUCCAGGCGUUGGCCUUUAAUGAUUGACCCCCAAGGUCAAGCCAAUAAGUGGAUCAAAAACUCUGAGAAAGAAAAUCAGCUUAGUGUUAUUAAGCUAUCUGAUUCAGACUAUAUGAGAACACUGGAGAACUGUAUUCAGUUUGGAACUCCACUUCUAUUAGAAAAUGUUGGUGAAGAACUGGAUCCAUCUUUGGAGCCUUUACUACUUAGACAAACUUUUAAACAAGGUGGCAUUGAUUGCAUCAGACUUGGUGAGGUCAUUAUUGAGUAUUCCUUUGAUUUCAAGUUUUAUAUCACCACAAAACUGAGAAAUCCACAUUAUAUGCCAGAGCUGGCUACAAAGCUGUCUUUGCUCAAUUUCAUGAUAACUCCAGAAGGACUUGAAGAUCAGUUACUAGGUAUUGUUGUGGCAAAGGAGAGACCAGAAUUAGAAGAGGAACGAAAUGCUCUUAUUCUUCAGUCUGCAGCUAAUAAGAAACAACUGAAAGAUAUAGAGAAAAAAAUUUUGGAAACGUUAUCAUCUUCAGAAGGGAACAUUUUAGAAGAUGAAAGUGCAAUUAAAGUCUUAGACUCUGCUAAAAUCAUGUCCAAUGAGAUAACAAAGAAACAGCAGAUUGCAGAAAAAACAGAACUCAAAAUAGCAGAAUCUCGAGAAGGCUAUAGACCCAUUGCUAAACAUUCAUCAGUAUUAUUCUUUAGCAUUGCAGACCUGGCUAACAUCGAUCCCAUGUACCAGUACUCUCUCACCUGGUUCGUGAACCUUUAUAUCAACUCUAUUCAUGACAGUAACAAAUCCAAAAUUUUGGAAAAGCGCCUACGAUAUUUAAAUGAUCACUUCACAUACAACUUAUAUUGUAAUAUAUGCCGAUCACUAUUUGAGAAGGACAAGCUUUUGUUUUCCUUUUUAUUAUGUGCCAAUCUUCUUCUGGACCACAGUCCUAUUCUGGCUAUUGUAUACUUUCCAAAAACAAUUGUUUCAUUCAUUUUGUCCAGUUUUCUAGUUCUUAAAGCAAUAGAGGCAAGAAAAGAGAUUGAAUACCAGGAACUGAUGUUUCUUUUAACUGGAGGAGUAAGUCUUAAAAGUGCUGAGAAAAAUCCUGAUCCAUCUUGGCUACAGGAUAAAAGCUGGGAGGAAAUUUGUCGUGCAAGUGAAUUUCCUGCCUUCAAAGGACUCAGGGAGCAUUUUUGUGAAUAUAUAAAUGAAUGGCGGGAAAUCUAUGACAGUAAAGAGCCACACAAUACUAAAUUUCCAGCACCAAUGGAUAACAAUCUAAACGAACUACAGAAAAUAAUAAUUCUUCGGUGCUUAAGACCUGAUAAGAUAACUCCAGCUAUAACAAAUUAUGUAACUGACAAACUAGGGAAAAAGUUUGUAGAGCCUCCACCAUUUGAUUUGACAAAGAGUUACUUGGAUUCAAAUUGCACCAUUCCCUUAAUUUUUGUGCUAUCUCCCGGAGCAGAUCCCAUGGCCAGCCUGCUAAAAUUUGCAAAUGAUAAAGCUAUGUCUGGAAAUAAAUUUCAAGCUAUUUCACUGGGACAGGGACAAGGACCAGUUGCCACAAAAAUGAUUAAAGCAGCAAUAGAAGAAGGAACUUGGGUUUGCCUACAGAAUUGUCACCUUGCUGUCUCCUGGAUGCCUGUAUUGGAAAAAAUAUGUGAAGAUUUUACCCCUGAAGUCUGUAACUCAUCUUUUAGGCUUUGGCUCACAAGUUAUCCAUCUCCAAAAUUCCCAGUAACAAUUCUACAGAAUGGAGUAAAAAUGACUAAUGAACCUCCCACGGGUCUUCGGCUAAAUCUCCUCCAAUCAUAUCUCACUGAUCCAGUUUCUGAUCCUCAGUUUUUCAAUGGAUGCCAGGGAAAGGAACUGGCAUGGGAGAAGUUGCUGUUUGGAGUUUGUUUUUUUCAUGCCCUUGUGCAAGAGAGGAAGAAAUUUGGUCCUCUUGGUUGGAAUAUUCCAUAUGGAUUUAAUGAAUCAGACUUACGCAUCAGUAUUCGACAACUACAGUUAUUUAUAAAUGAAUAUGAUACAGUUCCAUUUGAAGCCAUCUCUUACCUGACUGGGGAGUGUAACUAUGGAGGAAGAGUGACAGAUGAUUGGGACAGACGUCUCCUCUUAACCAUGCUGGCUGACUUUUAUAAUUCACACGUAAUUGAAAGCCCUCAUUAUAAGUUUUCUCCUAGUGGAAACUAUUUUGCACCUCCCAAAGGCACCUAUGAUGAGUACAUUGAAUUCAUUAAGAAACUUCCAUUUACUCAACACCCUGAGAUAUUUGGAUUACAUGAAAAUGUUGAUAUCUCCAAAGAUCUUCAACAAACGAAAAUCCUCUUUGAGUCCUUGCUGCUCACCCAGGGAGGCUCCAAACAGACAGGAUCCUCAGGAAGUGCUGACCAGAUUCUAUUAGAAAUUACCGGAGAUAUUCUCAACAAGCUACCAAAUGAUUUUGACAUUGAAAUAGCACUAUUGAAGUAUCCUGUGAGAUACGAAGAGAGCAUGAAUACUGUUUUAGUACAAGAAAUGGAAAGAUUUAACAGUUUAAUUAGAACUAUAUAUAACACUCUAUUGGACCUUGAAAAAGCUAUUAAGGGCGUGGUCGUCAUGGACUCUGCGUUGGAGGCACUCGCAGGCAGUCUGCUUGUUGGAAAGGUUCCGGAAAUAUGGGCCAAACGAUCCUACCCAAGUCUUAAACCCCUAGGAAGUUACAUCACAGACUUUCUAGCCCGGUUGAACUUCCUUGAGGACUGGUAUAAUUCAGGAAAACCUUGUGUGUUUUGGCUCUCAGGUUUCUUUUUCACCCAAGCCUUUUUAACGGGAGCUAUGCAGAAUUAUGCCAGAAAAUAUACCAUCCCUAUUGAUUUACUGGGAUAUGAAUUUGAGGUCAUUCCUGCUGAUAUAUCUGAGACAGCACCGGAAGAUGGCGUUUAUAUCCAUGGAUUAUAUCUCGAUGGAGCGCGCUGGGACAGAAAAAGUGGAUUGCUCGCUGAACAAUAUCCCAAACUUCUGUUUGACCUGAUGCCCAUCAUAUGGAUAAAACCAACUAAGAAGUCUCAAAUUGUGAAGUCGAAUGCCUACACCUGUCCCCUUUACAAGACAAGUGAACGUAAAGGAACUCUUUCCACUACAGGACAUUCUACUAACUUUGUCAUCGCAAUGUUGUUAAAAACAAACCAACCCACUCAACACUGGAUCAAGCGUGGAGUCGCUCUGCUUUGUCAGUUGGAUGACUAAAUUGGACAAAUUAAGAAAACAUCUGAAAGAGAUUUAAAAAAUGUAUUGUUUUCACUUACUUCAAAAUAUACUUAUAUUAUAAAACGAAAUAUUUUGGUGUCAUUCUUUGAAAUGG